AUGAAUAUUAAGACGUGUAUCAUUAUUGUUGUUUUCUUGAAUUCUUUGACGUUGGCAGUGGCUGAGAAAAGCAGUCCCAAUUCCUUUGUGAACAAUCUGAAAAUUUAUAAAAACACUUGUCGUGAAAUGGGAUGGGAACCAAAAUGUCUAAAGAAAUACAUACCUGAUAAACUGAAAGGUGUUCCUGUCGCUUUCCAUGCUAAACUUACAAAGGCAAUCAACAAACUUUCCCAAAAUCAAAUUAUCAAAUAUGACGAUGUGAUUACUAAUGUUGGAAAUGGCUACAGUCCUAGCACUGGUAUAUUCAGAGCGCCAGUGGACGGGAUAUAUUCUUUCAGUUGGACAUACAUGACGACGAAGGGAGUUAAGGCUUAUGUUGGAGGAGUAGUAGAUGGCAAACUUGUAGUUUAUUCAGCUAUUCAUGGUCAAACAGCAGACUAUCAAAGCACAACAGCGCAUCUGGUUGUACCGAUGAAGAAGGGAAACAAAUUUUGGACAUCCAAUUUCAACUCUUAUGUUCCGUACAUACACUCCUCUUAUACAUUCAUUAGUGGAUAUAAAGUCUCUGAUUCCUGA